CACAGCACAAGCAUACAACAAUCUCUCUUUUCUAACCCAUACACCCUUGCGACGUAUAUCCAUGGCCAUGGAGUCAUCAAGAAUUUUAUUCACCUUGCUAGUGCUUGUAACCACAGGCAUCAACAUUCUAUCGGCAACAACAACCAACGAAAAGCUACAAGCUAAAAACGAAAAUAAUGACACCAAUGGUGAACUCCCCUUGCCCAGAAGCGAUCAAGAAGCAUCAUAUCCCCUUAGACAUAGCCGCUUCCUAGCCUCUAACCCACGCCCAGCAGCAAUGACAUGUGACAGGUACCCAUCAGUUUGUGGUGCCAAGGGAAGUGCAGGACCCUACUGUUGCAGAAAACAGUGUGUUAAUGUAAUGACGGAUGAAUCGAACUGUGGGAAGUGCGGGAAGAAGUGCAAGUAUUCAGAAACGUGCUGUCAAGGGAAGUGCGUGAACGUAUCAAAUGACGAGAAGAACUGUGGUAAGUGUAACAACAGGUGCAAGAAGGGAAGCUCAUGUGCGUAUGGCUUGUGUAGCUAUGCUUAGAGAGCCAGUCUUUAAUUUAUUAAACAAUAGGCAUCGUGAGGUUAGGAAAAAGAUAUUAUUGGAGAUUCAUGGUAAAAUUAAGUUGUAUUUCAUGGUGUGAAGAAAAUAAAUUGUCACCAAAUAAUGUGAAGCCGUCACUCUAUUGGCUUUUGGGAGGAUAUACUCUCUUUAUUUAAUUAUUACAUUAUUUUCUAUAUGAUUAUACACGUA